AUGGCGUUCAGAGGGAAGGAGAUGAUGAAGAUGGUAAAGAAGGUGGGAGAGAACAACCUGGCGCCUGCGGGAUCGAGGAGUUUGAAGCCUAAUGUACAGGAGAGGCAUCUGUUUAGUUAUAUCUUAGAUCACAAAGUAACCACUCAUGCCCUCCGUUGCAUUGACAAGGCAGGUGGAAUUGAUGAGUACCUGCUGAAAACUCCCUACCACAAAAUGGAUACAGAAAUGGCCCUGUCUUGGAGAGCUAAAAUUGAGAAGAUGGAUGCUAGAAGACAGAUGCAUGGAUGGUCUGGGAAACAGGAAGAAAUCGAGGAUGGAAGAACCAGCCAACACAGUCACGAUGAAACUGCUGAUGCCGGGGACGAUAGUUCAGAUGGCGAUCUCCAUAAACAAUGGGUUGCAAAUUCUUGA